AAUGCCGGACACCGAACUACCCGCGCCGUGGCGGGGCGGAGCACAGCAGCGGCCCUUGGCCCCGCCGCGUUCCCGUCGGAGGGGCGGGACAGCAGAGCAGCCAUGGCGGCGCCCGUAGUCCCGGAGACCGACAGCAUCCGCAGGGCUGUGUCGCUGCUCAACGCCGUGGACCCAGGCCUGUUCCCGCGGCUUCUCUCCCGGCUUCUCCAGAAGCUGCACCUGAAGGCUGAAAGUAGCUUCAGUGAAGAGGAAGAAGAAAAACUUCAAAUAGCUUUUUCACUGGAAAAGCAGGAUCUUCAUCUUGUUCUUGAAACUAUAUCAUUCAUUUUGGAACAGGCAGUCUAUCAUAAUUUGAAGCCUUCUUCAUUGCAACAACAACUGCAAAGCAUUCACCUAGAUCAAGACAAAGCUGAAGCAUUUGCCAGUGCAUGGGCAGCUGGAGGUCAAGAUACAAUUGAAAAGUUCAGACAGAGAGUUCUGACGCCUCAGAAGCUUGAAACAAUUGGGUGGCAGCUUAAUCUUCAAAUGGCAGAGUCUGUGCAAACGAAGCUGAAGUCUCCUCGUGCUGUGCUAGAGCUAGGACUUAGCAAUGAAGACUCAAAGAACCUGAAGAAAGUGUUUGUAGAAUUUAGCCAUCAGGAGCUGUUCAAGUUCUAUAACAAGCUGGAAACUAUACAAGCACAGCUGGAUUCCCUUACGUGAUGUUUUUGAAGACUUAUUUCUCCAUCACACUGUUGCCACCUCAUUUUUUUGAACUGAAGAUAGAUUGCCAACCUGUGUUUGCUGAAGGAUUCAGUGGGUUGCUUCCUGUAAAAUUAUACCGCUUAUCUCCUGACCAGUAACAUUAACCAAGAGUCUUUGUUAAGAGUGUGAAGGUUCUAAUGGACUUUCCCUUUUUUUCUGAGCAAUUGUGAAGAAUGGCAUUACUUUCAGAAAAAAAAAAAAAAAAAAAAAGAAACUAUCCUGCUUUAGAGAUUGUUUUUUUUUAAUCCUGUUAAGUAUGUUACUUGAUUCUGGUAGAAAUUUGCAUGUGAAAUUUAUUCCUGGUAUGGAACCAGGAAUAAAAUCUGGUUUUAAGAGGUAAAAGGAAUAUAAAAGUAGUAAGAGAAUUUACAGCUAAUAAAAUCUCUGACCUUUAUAAUUGUUAUUCACAUUAUUGAUUAAGCUUAUUGCAUAAUUGACAAAAUAAAUUCAGUAUUUAAAUUUGGGUUGGUUUAGUUUGUUCUACUGUAACUUUAUUUCAUUAUCUUUGUUCUUUUUGUGUCUUUUGUUGUUAUUCUAAAGAAUUAAAAAUGUUGCUGAUUUCAGUGUUUACUUUUGGCUCUGAAAAUAAAUGCAGCUUCUUAGCACUGCAUGCAUCUCAAUGCAUCUUAGUGUUGUGUAACUGGGGAGAGAAAUCUCAGGUUGUAUAAUGAAGACAGCAGAAAUAGUCUACUGGUCAGAUAUCUGAAAUAUAUUUCUUGAUCCUUCCUCA